AUGUGGGAUUGCAAAUGGAAGAACAAGUCGACAACCGGGGAGGCAUGGGUGGAGUUUAUGCAGCUUUUGGCACUGCUGAGGGACACCAAAAUGAAGACGGGUCAAUAUGGGUGGGGUUGGCACUCGGAAAAUACGUCGACUUUUACAGAUAAACCUAUACUACUGGACUUGGGUUUGGUUAAGUUGAAUUUGUCCAAGAAUAUGUAUUCUAGUCCACUUGAUUUUGCCUCCGAUGUUCGGUUGGUGUUUGAGAAUGCGAUGCUUUAUAACCCCAAGACGGAUGAGGUUCAUGGAAUGGCUCAUCAGCUGCUAUCCUAUUUUGAGAUGCUUUUUAGACCGAUUCAGGCGAAAUUGCCUACUGAUCAGCGUGUGAAUGAGUUUUCUACGCCUGAGAGAUCCAAGAAGCCAAAAUUUAGUGACCCGGUUGCUCCUGUUUUAAACAAGAAAAAUCACUCGACUACAUCUACACCGAUCGUCCCACCUGUUGUUCAGCCGCCUAUGCGGACGCCAUCGCCAAUGCAGGUUGCGAAACCAGAACCAGAACCAGAACAGAUCAAACCGUCAUCAACUGCGACACAAGGAACUGUGCCGAAGUUGCCCAAGCCUAGAGCCAAGGAUCCGAACAAGAGGGACAUGAACAUGGAAUAG